AUGCAACAAAGUGAAUCAACAUUGGCAAUAGCUGAAUCAUUCACAGGCACGAUGCCUACUGCUGAUACUAUCAAUAAGAGGGCUCAGCAGUUUAUAUAUGAUCGAGUUAAUGAUAUUUUUAACGAUGUCUUUAGCUUUUAUGAUUCUAGGACAAUGGAGAAAAAGGAUCCAGCAGCAACUGAAGAAUAUUUCUGCACAAUUGACAGGCAUGUUAAUGGCAUUGGCAAGCUAUGUAAGUCAGGAAUCACCGUCUGUAAGGUCCGUUAUAAAGGCAACACCUGUAUUUUAAUCAAGGACGAAGCUAAGAGAUUAGGCAUGAUAUGGGAUGCACUACGAAUUAGGGUUCAAGCACAAGUAUCCAUCUUUGUGGAUCAUUUUCUGGAUCCUUGUCGAGACUCUGAAUGCUUCCUCAGUGACUUAGUCAAUCACUGGGGUACUAUGCAUGCUAAUUAUCAACUAUUCAUUAAAGAAAUUUCGCCUCUACUAGAGUACAUUGUGAUAAAUUAUCCAUCCGUUGCCAAAGAAGUUACAAGAGAGUUGAAAAUUAGUGACUACUUUGAAAUGUACCUCAUCAGCUUACUGCGGUCGAAGUUAUCAGACCAUUUCAUGCGUUUUCUUGAAGCUUUCCUUUCAUAUCUACGCCAAAAGCCUGUUCUGGCGAGGGCGGACCUUGAGAUGCAGACCCCUCUUACACUGAUGUACAAAUAUAGAAUUCCGCUUGAUAAUGGACUGACUUUGAAGGAUUUUUACUUUGAAAGUAUUGGUAGAUAUUCGCAAGGCAACAUUGAUGUCGUGAUUGAUUUGUUUUUUUGUGAAAACUUAACAAAAUACCUAAUUCGCAAUGCCUUAAUCACAGGUACCAUAUCCGCUAUGUUAAUAAAAGAGACUAAUGAAAUUAUACUCCGAAACACUUUGAUGGAGGAGAACACAGCUCAGAAAUUUUUCGAAAGUAUGAAGGACUACGUCAACUUAAAUUCAAUCAUUGGAGUUUCUCAAGAAAUUUCUAGUCAGUUAGCAAUCAUACUGGCAGUAUUUGAAUCGCGAUCCAUGAUGGAUGAACUCGAGAGAAUAUAUGCCCAAGUCAUAAAGUCAACGCUCAUGAAAGCCAUUACCGAAGGACUUGAGGAAUCAAUGAAAGAGGCUUGCAAACUAGCUUUGCUAGUAAAAGGAUCGUCAUUACUAGACAUCGCUCUGAAAGAAAUUAUAAAAGUACUUGGAGGCCCUAUCAAUGUGAUGGAGCGGUAUUUAAGGCUCUGUGAAAAUUGCAUUCGCAGAAAUAACCAUGAAAUCAUCACAGGAAGGUCACAAGAGUCGGGAAAAGGAAUUGUUUUGUCACUUCUUGUCCCAAAUACUUUGCAAAUUUCUCCACAGUUCCUUGACAUAUAUUCAAGGUCUCUUUUCCGAAGGUUUAUACUACAUGGUCCUACUGUCAUUGAGACAUUGCAAAAUACAUGUUUUCUAGAAUGCCAAUUGCUAGAGCAUUUUACCGACCUUUACAAACUGAGUCCAGAAUUUGAUAGAUUACAGACCUUAAAGAUUGAGAUCUUCAAUUCUUCCCAAAUGGCUCAAAAAUUUGCAUCGGAACAAUCACAACCAGCCCUAGCAAUGACACCUUUGAUUCUGGAAAAGAAUAAGGUACCGCUUGUCUUUCAAGAGAAUGCUACUGCCACUAAUCUUCCCUUGACUGAAGAAAUGGAACAGUCCUGGGACAAACUUACAGAUUUCUAUCGCAUGACUGAUAAGAGAGCACAAUUCAAGAAACUUUUCUUGAUAGACUAUCUGCAGCAUUUCGAGGUUGAAACACAAAUCAUUUUGAGCAAUAGUAAGCCUCUUGUUCUGGAUCUCAGCUUUCAUCAGACACGCGUGCUUUGUUUGUUCAAUGAUUCUGACUCCUUGACUUUGGACGCAAUAUCCAGCAGAUCAAGAAUAAACAGAGGUGUGCUGACUGAAGUUCUAAAAUCGUUUUUGAAUAUAGGAUUGCUCGUAUCAGAUAGUGAGAGCUACUUGCUUAACGAGGAGUUUUCGCCUGAUGAAAGUAAAAUUCGAAAUGGGCUGCUUCGAGUGCGGAUGGGAGUCACAGAUAGUAAGUCUUCUCACCUUAAAAGGAUCGAAAGUCCGCUCCAUAUGGAAGGCCAAGUUUCAUACUGGAAACAGGAAUUGAUAAGAGCAUGUAUUGUUAGGUCCUUAAAAGGUGAGGAACGAGGCUUGAAACCCAAUGAUCUCUUUGCCAAAGUUAGAUCGCAAAUCUACGGUACUAGCGUUGGUGAAUUCAAAGACGCAUUGAAGAAAAAUGUGGACGACAAGAUGAUCACAAAAUGGAGAAAUUGUUACAAGUAUUGA